AUGUUUCCCGAGAAACUCCUCAUUGCCGUCAUGUCCGACGACUUCCUGUCCCGCGUCCGCCAGGCUUUAGCGACCGACAUUCUCGCACUCGAGAUCGCUGAAGACCCUUCCCGCUUCCCCAAGUUCACCACAAAGGAUGAUCUCCUUUACUUCAAGUCGGCCUUGUACAUUCCUGACUCGGCCGAUCUCCGUUCUCUUGUCCUCGAGUCCCGCCACGACAGCUAUGCUGCCGGUCACUUUGGCAUCCGCAAGACCAUCGAGUUAGUCCAGCGUGACUACUACUGGCCCAAGAUGCACGAUACGAUCCAGCACUAUGUCGAAUCGUGCGAGACCUGUAUCCGCAGCAAAACUUCCUCUCACAAGCCUUAUGGCCUCCUCAAGCCUCUCCCCAUUGCCGAGCACCCCUGGAAAUCCAUCUCCAUGGAUUUCAUCACCCAGCUUCCUCCUUCCAACUCCUUUGAUGCAAUCUGCGUCGUCGUCGACCGCCUGACCAAGAUGGCCCACUUCAUGCCCUGUACCACGAGAAUCAACGCUCUCGGCACCGCCGAUCUCCUGAUCCGCCGCGUCUUCCUUUACCACGGUCUCCCGGACGAUAUUUCUCCUCGCGCACAUUUCCGAUGUGCAAGCCAAUGUCCGUGA